AUGACGCGUGAUCAAAUUAGAUACUGUGGAGCUAUUAUGAGGAACUUGAAGAAACACAGAGAUGCUACGCCUUUUCUGCAUCGUGUCGAUUACGUGAAAAUGAACAUUCCUGAUUAUCCAAAGGUCAUCAAACAUCCCAUGGAUCUGAGCACGGUCGAUCGCAAACUCAACAAUUACGAAUACGACAAGGUGGAAGAUUUCGUCGCCGAUAUUCGAUUGGUUUUCAGCAACUGUUACAAGUACAAUGGACCCGAAGCCAUGAUUUCCAUGCUUUGUCAAAAUGUAGAAUCGGCUUUUGAAAAGAGUUUGCGUCAAAUGCCCCCAUCAAAAGAGCGAAGCUCGAAAAUGUUAUCACCUCCUCCCAUUCGUCGCACAUCCGGUAUUUCCGAAGAUGGUCGACCUAAACGCGAAAUUCAUCCCCCUCCAUCCAAGGAUUAUCCCGAACCGAUGACCAAGCGUCGUAAUCCGAGAAAAAACGAUCAGCAGAUGAAGUUCUGCAUGCAAACCUUACGUGAAUUGAAGAAAUCAAAGUAUAGAGACAUUAAUUAUCCUUUCCUUGCCCCGGUCGAUAUCGUGGCUCUCAAUAUCCCUGAUUAUCCUUCAAUUGUCAAGCAUCCCAUGGAUUUAUCCACCAUUGAACGAAAAUUGAACGAAGGCGAUUACACCACUCCCGAGGAGUUCGAAGCCGAUAUGCGACUCAUGUUCAACAACUGUUAUCUGUACAAUCCUCCCGCCAUCCCUGUGCACAAAAUGGGUAAAGAAUUAGAAAAGGUCUUUGAUGACAAGUGGGCACAGAAACCACAACCAUCGCCACCGGAAACCGAACAGGAUAUCGUGGAUGAAUUGGAAGAACUGGAAGAAUCAGACGAAGAUGAUCGUGAUCAUCGUAUUGCUGAACUGGAACGUCAUAUUGCUACUAUUUCGCAACAAAUUGCAUCUAUAAAAACUGCCAAGAGAAAGAAGCCGGAACGAUCGACUAGCAAAGCGGUAGCAAAACGGCCUUCAGUAUCCAAGGAGAAAAAACUCGCAAGACCUGUGGGUGAAAAACGUCGACGUCCUACCAAGCGAAAGGAUGAUGAAUUGCCUGAAUUCACAUUCGAACAAAAGAAAGAUCUCAGCGAACAAAUUAAUAAUCUGGCGGGCGAUCGACUCAAUACAGUAGUCAGCAUUAUUCAAUCUUCUAUGCCCAACCUGGACGGUGUAAGACAGGAAGAAAUUGUAUUGGAUAUUGACGCAUUGGAUCGAAAGACACUUCAUCGACUGCACGAAUUUGUGACGGGCGAAAGUCUGGUACCACAGCAUCAUCAUAAAAAGACGGUCAAGAGACCAAGAACCCACUACUCAGAGGCCGAUGCGGAUCGCAAGAUUCGUGAACUCGAAAAGACAUUACAAAAGUUCAAUUCCGGAUCUGAACCGCGAGGUUACUAUGGUAAGUGGUGGAACGAUUGGCCAUGA